GCUCACUUAACUACUUUGUUACAUUUGUUCUUACUUUCCUUUCACUCAUUUUCCUUCUGCGCAGUAGGAAGCACACCACCAAAAUGCCACCAAAACCAAAACUCAAUGUCCAGAAUUUCCCUCGCCCGCCAUUACUGGAAAGAACACCCCGCCAUCUGCAAGUCAAGUGGCACGGGCAGACGAUCGCAGAUACGAAAGAUGCAUACUGGGUGCUGGAAACGUAUCAUCCGCCCACUUAUUAUAUCCCAAAAUCCUCCCUCUCCAUCUCCUUGACACGCACCCAGAAAUCAACAUUCUGCGAGUGGAAAGGCUGGGCUACGUAUUUCUCCGUCACCGGUGAAGAGGGGAAAGAGACAGUAAAAGAUCGGAUCUGGAGCUAUGAGAGUCCGAAUGAGGCGUAUAAGGAGAUUAAGGGGUAUGUGAGUCUUUACGCGGGGCCGUGGGAGUGCUUUGUUGAUGGGGAAGAGGUGAGGCCGCAGCCGGGAGACUUUUAUGGUGGUUGGACGACGAGCGAAUUGGUAGGGACUAUUAAGGGGGAUGCAGCAACGAGAUGGUUAUAGGCUUGUGGGAGGUAGAACAGGAGGUGUAUGAUAUGACGACAUGUUGUGUACGAGUAUAUGACGGC